CUGGUAGUUUUUGCCAGCUGUGCAAUUGCGUUUUUGGCCCAAUUACUUCAUUUUAAUUUACUUAUUAAAUGCAAAUAUGCUGCCCAAACUGAAGAUUUCCGCCUUCCUCCUCAAGCGCCUGGAGCGAACGAAGCAACAAUGCAGCGGUUGUUUAUAUGGUGUCUUUUACGGCGACGGCACCUUGCUGCUCUUGAGUUUCAACCUGGAGUCCAGUCUCGGGCAGUUGAACUACGAGCACAUCCAGCACAGAUUCCCCGCCGAGCUGGACCUCUGCGGCUUGGUGAAGUUUGGAGACUGCACGGACGGCGAGGCACACCUUAAUGAGGUCAUCAAAUCGGUGGACAUCACCGACAAUCCCAUUCUGCUACAGUGCCAGCUUGGCACGUUGGUCGGGCUACGGGCCUCGUUUUUCGUCCAUGGGAAACUAGAGGAGGCGCAGUACGAAGUGAUGGAAGCGGAGCAACUUUACAACGACUUCUGCUUCACGCGGCUGAAGUGUGGCUACUUCCUCCAGACAGCCGCCACACCCGAGGCUGUGGCUCGGGAAAUGCACGUUCUGCGAAAAAGGGUGGCCGAUGGCAGUCUCGUGUUCAAUGUGCCCCAAACUAAAAUAUUCAUCAACAGCUGCGGGCCGUUGGAUGCCAGAUUCACCAGCGAAUCCCAGAUACAAGACCUUAUCAAUGCCAUUCCACCUCCUGAGCAGGAAAGAGAUGCCUCAGGAGGAGACAAGAAGAAGAAAGCUAGUCAGAAAGAGCCCGUAAAGCACCUGGCCCCGUCUGGUUGCGACUACGAGGUGAUUCCCAUUGACGUUAUGCGCUGCCGAAGUCGAGACGCCGUCACCAGGGACUCUCCGCCACACCCGGCGCUGAGUAUCGCUGUGAUCAGUGACGAGCAGAUCAAGGUGGAGGUCCCCCUGGAAAUCGAGGCCAUGGCCAUCCUCUGCCGGAAGACCAAGCUUCUGCGGCUGUACGACGUUCUCAUCGAGAGCAUCUGCCGGGCCCUGAGAUUAUUUGAGUUGAGCCUGGUGGAGCAUCUCACAGAAGCCGAGACUGGCAAGCUAUUGGUUCCCCGGAGCUACCAUUUCUAUCCUCAGGAAUUCGGGCAUUUCGUGAGCUGUGCCUACCUGGAGGGACUGGGAGAUGACGAUCCCAACAUGCAGGAGCGGCGCAAGCGAAUUCAUCGGCAGUUCGGGCUGCCUGUCAGCCGUCCUUACUUCCGUCGAACCAACCAGAUCCACUUCGACAUCGAAACAGAGGACGCUCCGUGGACGCCACUGCUUAACACCCACAUCGGAGUCCGUCCCAGCGGUGUGACUGAUGGCAAGGAGUACUUAGUAAACGGAAACUACCACUACUAUCACUACCUUCAGCAGCAGGUGCAGGACAAGGGAUGGGGCUGCGCCUACCGAUCGCUGCAGACGAUCUGCUCCUGGUUUCUCCUGCAGGGAUACACGAGUGCUUCCAUACCCACGCACUUGGAAAUACAGGAAUAUCUACACAAAAUCAACGACAAGCCGGCUUCCUUUGUGGGCUCAUCCCAGUGGAUUGGCUCGACGGAGAUAAGCAUGUGCCUGCAGGGAUUCCUAAACGUGGACUCGAAAAUAUUGCAUGUCUCCACGGGAGCAGAGCUGGCGACCGUUGCCUCAGAGCUGGCCAUGCACUUCCAGACACAGGGAACGCCGGUCAUGAUUGGCGGAGGUGUGCUGGCCCACACGAUCAUCGGAGUGGACUACUGCGUGCAAUCGGGUCAGGUGAAGUUCCUGAUACUCGACCCCCACUACACAGGCGCUGAUGAUCUGGCCACCAUCCAAAUCAAAGGGUGGUGCGGCUGGAAGGGAAUGGACUUCUGGGCCAAGGGCAGCUACUACAACUUGUGUAUGCCCCAGCGCCCAAUUCUAUACUAAGGGGUGUCCAUUUGCAUUUAGUUAGGAUGGGGUGGGUCGAUCUUCCCUAGGAGUUAGGACACAAGUUCUAAUAGUUUUAAAGUCAUGCAUGAGAUAGAUCCCAGCAUCCGGGAAGAUAAUAUGAAUUUAUUUUAGACAUUUAUUCUUGGCUUACACUGUGAUCUUUAUCCCCAUUUCGAUGUA